ACAUCAGCUGCCAGGAACUGGGCUGCCGUGAACCUUUGUGUACGAGCAUUUAUUUGAAGAUCUGUUUUGAAUUCUUUGGGUUCUAUCCCCGAGGCUGAAGUGCUGGGUCAUGUGGUGAUUCCAGGUUGACGACCCACCAGACUGUUCCCCGGUGGCCGCGCCCCCAUACGUCCCCCCAGCCAUACACAAAGUUCCAGUUUCUCCACAUCCUUGUCCACGUUUGUCAUUUCUUUAGUUUUGGGGGGUUUGUUUGCUUUGUAACUGAUGGCGUGUGGUAUCUCAUUGUGGUUUUCCUCAUUGCACUUCCCUCGUGACUACUGAUGCUGAGCACCUUUUUAUGUGCUUUUUGGUCAUUUGUGGGUCUUUGGAGAAAUGCCUAUCCAUGUUCUUUGCCCAUUUUUAAAUUGUGUUAUCUUUUAUUGCCCAGUUGUAGGAGAUCUUUAUGUAUUCUAGAUACUAGACCCUUACCAGGUAUGAGAUUUGCAAGUAUUUUCUCCCCUCCUGUGGGGUAACGUUUCCAGUUCUUAAUGAUGACUUUUAAGUGCACAUUUUGAACUCUGAAGUUCAAUUUGUUUUUUUCUUUGGUUAUACCUUUGGUAUUAUAAUUAUGAACCCAUUACCAAAUCCAAGGUCAUGAAAUUUUACCUGUUUUCUGCUCAGACCUAUAUAGUUUUAUCUGUUAUACUUGAUUCAUUCACCCAUUUUGAGUUAGUUUUUAUACAUGUGUGAGAUAGGGAUCCAACCUCAUUUUUCUGUACAUGGAGGUCUAUCUGUUGAAGAGUGUGUGUGUGUGUGUGUCCCCACAUUGAGUGGUCUCCGCACUCUUGGUGAAAAUCAAGUGUCCAUUGAUGGAAGUAUUUAUUUCUAGACUCUGAAUUCUACUCAUUGGUCAAGAGAUCUGUCCUUGGGCCAUAUCACUGUUUUGAGGACUAGAGCCUUUUUUUUUUUUUUUUUUUAGGGCUAGAGCUUUGGUAGUAAGUUUUGCGAUCAGGAACUGCGAGCCCUCCAGCUUUGUUCAUUUUCAGUAUUAUUUUGGGAAUCAUGAUGUACCUUGGUGUAUUUUUCUUCACGUGUCUUGUGCUCAGAAUUCUUUGAGCUUCUUGGAUCCCACAACUUGACUGGAAAUAGUUCAAGAACCUGCCCGGACUGAAAGACGGUUUUGCAGGUUGAGGGUCCUUCCACCACCCAAGCACAAUGCAUGAGAGAAGACGCUCACAGGGAACAUCCUUGUGACUUGUCAGAUCACUAGGGACAGGAUCCAGAAGCAGCUUCCAGAGGUGGGUGGGGACAGGGGAAAGUCUUGGGAAUGAGAAAAGCAUCUGACUUGAUCUCUAGCUUGUGGAGGCUGGAAGACAAGGGAGCAGAGCCUAAAAAACAUCCAGAAUAGAAGGAAUAUAGGCUAGACCCUCCCUUAACAGCAAGAUGACCGCUGGGGCGCAGGCCACAGACAUCUCCACCCAGGCAAAUUGGCCCCCUGGUCCUGAAAAGCACUGGAAGUGUGUUGCACCCAAUAAGAUCCUGGAGGGCACCCAGAAUGGUGGGGAAGGCAGGUCCCCUGACAAAGGGCUGCUCCCGCCGCGGCAGGACAGAGGGCUCCAGGGGAUGCUUUGAGGGGGAGGAACGUCAGAGCCCUGUGGACCUCAGUCACAGGCCUGGUAGUAAGUGGGGUUGGCAUUAGUACCUGACGCUGUCAUUACAAGAUCCCCACGGGUCGGAACUUGACUUUCCCGCAACAAUGUGGGUGUUUAACAACUGCUAACACACGUUCAUAGUGUGUUUCCGUGGGUCCAUGGGUAGAACGUAAGACAGGAUGCUCAGCGUGGAGCUCAGAGCCUCCCCUCCCCUCCCCUGUCCUGGGCCUGACUGUGGGGUCUGUGCCCUAAGGCUGGUGGCGACAACCCUCCCUGAUGGCCCCUCAACCUUCUCAGGAGCCUCCUGCCCCUGCCGCUCAUGCUGGCCACAGAAGACAGCAGCCCCCAGGGGCCUGACACCCGGGGGACGGUGCCUGUGGCCAUAUGGGGUGGUCUCUGGGGCACUUUAUGAGCCUCCUGGCUGGGCAGGGCUGCGGUGGAAGCAGCAGGCACGGGGCUCAGGAGAUGCCUCCAGCAGGUCCCUGGGGCUGUCGCCCUCUGUCACCUUCAGACAUCGCUUCUCCGGAGCAGCAGGCCUUCCAUGACGAGCCUCCGACUGCUGGCAUGUGUCCUUCCCGUGUCCAUGUCCUCCCGCACGGAGCAGCCCAGGUGCCGCUGGACACACCUUUACAAACGGUGGUUCCUCUGUCGUUAACACUUUGUGAGGGGGAGGCUCAGCUCAGCGGUGGCAGGAGCCACCGAGCCACACCAGGCUGCAAGGGAAGCUGGGAAGGGGGUCUUCAGUCAGUUGGCCAUAAGCUCGGGUGGGGGUGGGGGGGUGCCGGUCCUAAGGGAAAAGAAAAAUCAGAGAUGGGUGGGGAUGUGCCCUGCCCUUUCCUGAGGGUGCCCUUUUUAAGGGAAUCCCCCCCCCAAGUGACAGCUGGCUCAGGACACCAGUGUCCCACAGGGCCAGCCGAUGGAGCUCCCUGAGUCCCUGUGACUGUCCCACGGGGCUGGAGGACCCCUCCUCCCACUGAGUCGGGCUGGGGAGCAUGGGUCAGGCCUGGCCAUGAGCGCUCGUCCUGGGCUGUGGGUUGCCUCCCCUCCUGACGCGCCGUGGGGAGAGACAAAGCCCACCUUCAAGCUGCAGACCGAGACGCACCAAUCGCUCUCCCAACAUCCUUUGCUGCUAGGAUGCAGGCACCGGACAGGCCUGGCAGGCUGGACGCCCCCCGCCCAGGCCACCAAGGAGGAGGACCUGUUGCGUCUGCAGGAUUCCGGGGCCAGGGCGUGGGGGGCAGCACUGCCACAACCAAGGGGGGGGCACACAGACCAGGUACCAGGAGGGAUGGGGGUGGGCUCUGUGCCCCGGCUGGGCCUCACAGCCUGGCUCCCACUGGGGCCCCUGAAAGCCGGCCUUGAAACUGGAGGGGGGUGCUCUGACGGCUCGGUGUGACCCACCCUGGGCUGGCCAGGGAGGGUGCUCGUGGGCGCCCCGCCAGGGGCUCACCCACAGGUGUCGGGGGCUCCGCCUGGUGCCUGAUGAACACAGCCCUGGGGGGGGGGGGCAGCAGAGCGUCUACAGGCUGACGGCCCCAGGAUUCAAAUGUAAAACGGACUCCAAUUUUCUGUAACGCUCUGUAACAAAUUCAUGCCGACUUUUUAAAUUCAGUGACUAAAGUCACAAGUUGCAUUUGUCUCGAACGGGUAUUUGCUUCACUAAAAGUCGACAACUUCAAAGAAAGGCGAAGACCGUGAAGCACCGUGUGGACACUGAGAAACCUCCCCUCCACGGAUGAGACCGGAGGGGCCCAGGGGUCCCGGUGGAAGCGCUGCAGGGCGGUCAGAGCCUCGGGCACAGUGCCAGGUGUCCCCCGGCGUCCCCCGGCCAGGGCUCCCCAAGCCUCAGCCAGGUUUCAGAGAAGGGGUUCACUUUAUGGACAAAGUCCUGGAGGGGCGCCCAGCGCUGGAGGAUCCGAACCAGCCGCGGGCACCCCACGGCCGAACACAGACAUUCCCGCCGCAUGGAGACGCAGCAGUUUUAGGGCGCCCAGCGGGAAGCGGGCCACCACGAAACCACCCCUCAAACACUGAGUAAAAAUGACUUCCAAGUCCCAUGUCUCCUUCCUGGUUCCCGUUUUUCACUCCUGGACCCCCGGGCAGAGAGCUCGUGACCCCCCCCCCCCGGCACCCCCCGCGGGACGCAGGCCCCGGGCUGGAUUCGCAGCCUGCGUCCUGGGGCAGGUGCGCUCCGUGCAGCCGCCACUCACCUGCCGGAAGCCUGGGACAGGCCCGGGGCUCCGGAGAAGCCGUGACCACAGGCACCCACCACGGGGGCCACCGACAACCGACAAGACCCUCCUCUUCGCGGGACUCCACUCCGAAGGGACAGAGGCCCCCAGGGCAGGACGAGCGGCAGCAGAGCACUGGAGGCGGCAGCUGCCCCUACCCUGGCCCAGGGAGAGCCGCUCACGCCCGCGGGGGCUGCUGGGUGCGUGGGGAGUAGCCCGGGGCCGGGGAGACCCCUCGGGGCGUGCAGGCGUGACCCACGCUCCCUCCUGUGAGGUAAAGGCCUUAAUCCACGAGGGGAGGGGCCACCUCCGCUGCCCCCGUAAAGACCACUACUGGGGAGGCCCAGAGAAGCUUCUGGACCCUGGGUCCAGCCCGGAUCCCAGGCCCACUUCCUCGCGCCCUGGGAGUCAGAGCUGGCCGGCAGAGGCCCGAGGGGCGGGACCCCUGAGAAGCGGGAGCCGGAACAGAAGUCCUGCCUCCACCUCCCCGCUCCUGCCCGAGCUCAAGGCCGCAGCCGGCGGGCAGCCCGACGGGGACAAAGCAACGGCGCAGCCCACACCCAGCACGUGGGCGCCCACGCUCCCUCACCCAGGAGGCCGCGCUACCCUGCUCCCUGCCACGCCACCGAGGGAAGCGACAUUCCAUCACAGGUUGGGGGGCACACGGCGAAGGCACCCCCGCUCCCCCCCGCCCUGCCAAGAGCCCCAGCAGCACCCGCCUGCCACGUUCGCCCAGCUGGUGGCGCCCACCCCCCGGCCCUCCCUGCCCCUCGGAACCGACUGGACUCCCAGGGUGUCGCCCGACAACGCCACCGGGAGCAUCGUGCGGACUUCGCACAGGACUCUGCCCUUAAACCUAAGUCUGAACUCCUCCUCAUCAGGUGUAGAUGUUAGAAAAGAAAAACCCUUCUCACAGAUUAUCACCUGUUCACGUCCGCAGUGUCCUUCACUGAACAGGAAGGCUUCCUUCGGAUCUGGCCAGAUGCCCUCAUCUUUUAUCCUGUCAUUUGUGUGUUUGGGGCCUUAGAAGGUCUUCCACGGGGUAACAAAGAUAAGCUCCCUCCUCCUCCUCUACUGAUCCACAGUGCUCUCCCCAGGAGCCCCGACAUCUGGCAUCUGCCUCACCCUGCUUCUCUGACUCUGACACAUGCCACCGAUUACCUCCCGGGGACCCGACCCAGUGCCCUGCACACACUCGACAACUUCUGGAACCCAUCCUGUCUUGGCUUCUCUGGCUCAACCCCACCGUUCCGUUCUAACAGAACUCUGGGCUUGAGAUCUCUGGUCUACACUAACACACAGUGUAGACACUUACGGGCUUCACUACUUAUUUCCGACCUGACUGCUGUGUUAAUAUUAGAGAAAACAGAGUUACCAUAAAGCAACAGAUUUUAAAAUAUACCUAAUUCUUUUCCACAAGCCGUUUUCUUAAAAAAUGUCUAAGCAAUGGAAGGAAGCCAUCACCAUCCUUAAAAUGUUCCUUUUCAAACACCACAAUAAAAGAACUCCUCAUUUAUAUUAAAGCCAUCACUGGCUUCCA